AUGUAUCCCCUGCCAGUGCAGCCGUACCCCUCGAGGGCGCUUAACGCCAACGAGACCAAUCUCCUUCGACGAUUCACUAAUACACUCACUGCAGCAGCGCUACACGACUACGAUUGCUUCGUGAAGGACUGCCACGGCGACGUGAGCGAAGACACUCGGCAUGACUGGAAGUUUGUCAAGAAACAAGGCGGUCUGGCCGUCUACCGCGACCGUGAUGCAAAUGCCCGACACAAUGAAGACACUAUCACUAUGGCAGAGACAAACGGCAGAAUCUCCAGCCAAGAGCAUCAACCACCCGGGCAGAUCGAGUCCCUCUUGUGCAUUGGUACCCUACCGGGCACUUUGGAUGACAUUAUGUGCGGCAUUGUCUGCCCCACUGCACAAGACACGAUGCUCAAGAGCUCCUGCAUCGGAGACAACAUCGUCGACUGCUGCGUGUUAGCCUCGAUCCUAUCUCCAACGCCUGAGGAUCCAUGGCGGAGCUUGACACUCAAAUGGGCCGUGAACGCGGGUCCUAACACCACCCGCCCACUCGUUCGACCUCGGGACUUCACAUACGUCGAGGCCACCGGUAUCACGACAAAUAUCGACGGCGAGCGUGUCGGCUACCACAUUGUCCACUCGGUGGUCGUCCCGGACACUCAACCGAUAGACAAGCAGAGACUCGUGCGCGGCAACGUGUCGCUGUACCAUGUCUACCGCCAGAAGAGCCCAAACACUGUCGAGGUACACGUUCGAGCGUUCUGGCAGCUCAAUGGCCGCACGCUCCCGUCAAUUCAAACCUCCUCGUGUGUCGAAGCCACCAUCUCAAUCUCCCGGGUUCGGUUGCACUCACGAAUGAAGAAACUUGUAUGGUUGAGUGAGAGGAGCCAAAGCCUAGACACUGAGACUGAUUCGAGUUGCUGUAACCUUUGCAAGCGUACUUCCGAACUGCUGCAUAAUUUCUCGAAGCUCCAACGUACAGUCAUCAGGACACGACAAACCGUUUGUCGGCGGUGUCUCCGCAAGUCUGAAGAGAGUAUUGCCAUGCAAGAAUCGAAACCUGUAAAGCGCACCAAGCUUCUGUCCUCGAGGGCGUUAUCAACUGCAUCUACGGCGUCGUUAGACAGUCGGGACUGGAACUGCAGCGAACGCAGUCGAGUGUUCUCGUCCAGGCGUUUUGAAGGAGCAGCGACGUCUGGAGCUGGAACAGCCACAACGCAAUGA